GCGGAAGUGAGCUCCACUGGUUAUGCUGAGCUGGAACAACAUCAGGAGGUCCGGGAGCUGAUGCGACUUGCUGCCUGGGAAAUGCCUUUAUUGGGUCGACUUGCAAAGCCAUUUGUGCCUCCGAAGACAGACAAAAGACCAUUGAGAUGGCGCUAUACAACAUACUUUGGCGACCCACAUCCAGCGAGUCGCAAAGUCGUUGUGGAGUUCCGUGUACAUGACCUGAAAUUGGAGCCGAAAGCCGCUCUGAAACUCAAAAAACUUGCGGGUGUCCGGUACAAUUCAGGAACAAAGAGUGUUCGUAUGAGUAGCGACAGCUUCGACACGCAGGCUCGUAAUAAGCGCUUCCUGGCUACAGCCAUUGAAAAUCUCAUCCGCGAAGCGAACGACACGACCACAGACUCUUUCGAGGACAUUGCGCUAGAUCGUCGACACUCCAAGCCGAAGCCUCAAUACAACUUUCCGCACAGCUGGAAGAUGACGGAAGAGCGUCGUGCGCAAUUGGAAACUAAGAGACUACGAGAAGCAGCCUACAGUGCGCGACGCAUUGAGCAGAACCCUGAUACCGAUGGGCUUAGAUUGAUU